AUGGAGAAAACAUUGUCUAGAAGAUCCAGACUGCGGCUGGUUUGCCUACAAUGUAAGCGAAUCAAACGGAAGUGCGACAAAUUACGUCCUGUUUGCUCACGAUGCCAGCAACAUUCAUUAGAAUGUAAAUAUGAAGACAGCGCAGAUCUAUCUUCCAAAGUCAUAGCAAGCGGCUUUUCCAGUCCCAAGACUCCUCAUGCAUCAAAUAGUGAAUACCAGUCGGGACUCAAAGGGUCUGCCUUCAGAUGCUCCUUGCAAGUACCAGAAGGUGUUAUUAAUACAACGUUGUCAAUAUGGAAUGCGGAAGAUAUGCUUGUCAUUGUAGGGCUAGUAACAUUUGUGGAUUAUCCGUUUGCUGCGCAUAGUUUGUCUCAACACGAUCAAUAUGUCAGAGCACUCUGUGCCUCGCUGUAUGGCAUGACACUGAUUGACUUUAGCAACUAUGCUAAUGGUAUUCCUUUUGAGGACUCUUCAAGGCGUAUACUAGGCCCAUUGUCGUUCAUUGAAAAGGCUAUUUUACGACGUAUAGAACACAGUAAGCUAUUUCGAGUUCAACCUAGCGCCCUAGGGAUGUUGUACAAUGGGUGCUCAAUCGAAGAAGAUAAUUCAGUAGCUUUUCUGCCCUCACUAGUUGCUGAAAUCGAAGGAGUGCUGGUGCAGAAGAAGGACUGUGAAAUACUGUUAAAGUGCUUCUACGAGAAUAUUUACCCUUUCUAUCCCUUUAUGGACAUUACACUCUUCGAGAGCGACCUCGGUACAUUGCUUCUGCAAGAUGACGAUAAUCGCUGGAAAAUCAACACUGAAGGAAAACAUGUCCGCAAAAAAGUAGAAACUUUGUCGUUACUCACAGUGAUCAUGGCUAUGGCUCUGAAGCAUUCAACAUUGGAUGCCGAUCUUCUUUCUAUGGUAAAAGCAAAUACCUCUGAAACCUCCACAAAACUGACCCUUUUAUGUCACAGACUGCUAUGCCUGCUGGAUGUGUUUCGUUAUCCAAAUGAAAGUACAUUUACUUGCCUUUUAUACUUCUAUGUUUCAGAACAUUUGGAUCCUGGAAGUCCUGAUUGUGUACUGAAUCAAACUAACCUGCUCACUCUCAACCAUCUCUCAAACUUGUCCAUAACACUGGGUCUUCAGUAUGAGCCUUCGGACUACAAACGUUUCAAGGACUCGUCACUGAUGAGACAUAGGCGCAUGCUAUGGUUAGGAAUCCAGUCAUUAAAGUUUCAAAUUUCACUUGCUGAAGGUGAUAGUGAUAGAUCGAAUGGUGAAUAUAUGGAACUAUUUCUAGCGAAUUUCGAGGAGGUGGAAGCUACUUCAGAGGAUGAAAAAAGUCUCGUGGGUGAAUUGAACAUGCGACUGCAUGACGUUACGUGGAACAAGUACAAAUUGCACGUUAUUCUGAGCAAAUUAGUGUCGAGUUGCUCUUCGAUUAUACGGCAUCCGCAACUUUUUGAAGUUUUGGAGAACAUCAAGAGAUUGGAAGAUUUCAUGAGUGAUAAUUUUGCCACAGGUUUGAUUUACCAGUCUUUUAAAGAAAAUAAAUUGAAUACGAUAAAGCUUGGCAGAGAUACGCUACUUAAUACCAAGGAUGUGGAGAAGACUGAAAUAUUCUUGACCAAUAUCGUGGGGCGUGCAUGCAUUUUUAAUAUUCUUGAUGUGCUAUCGUUGUAUUUCGAGAAAAAGUGUAUCGUACAUUGGGAAGAAUAUGAAAAGAAUUACCAUUUUCUUACCUCGAGAGGGUUUGAUGCGUACUUGGAACUGGCAGGCCUGGUAUCAGAUUACCUUGAUACCAGAUUUGAAAAGAACAUUCCACAGGAGCAUGGCUACAUCAUCGACAAACAGAUAUGCUUUAUUCUUGUGAGGAUAUGGAUGUUCCAAUGCCGUAUUUUGUUGAGGUGUUCUUACAAACAAGAAAGCCUAGAAAAGCUGUCGCCUUCUAAUGUACCUACUGAUAGCAGAGAGAAAGAAAAUGAGAUGACUGACGUUUUAGCAAGACUUGUUCAACAUGUUCGUAACCAAAUGGCGCAUUUAGUGGAUCUAGCCAGAGAAAAGCUUCAGGAUAGUUACUUUUGCGCUUACCAAACUGUUCCCAUGUUUAAGUACAUUGUGUAUUUGGUUGACAUGGGCAGCCUAGUGUCUGCAACAAACGAGCUUUGGGAAAAGGUUACCGGUGAAAGCGAAAUACCGCAAAAAGUACAACAAGCCGUGAGAUUGAAAUGGGGACUGGACUGUGACAAUUCUAAAAGGAUCAAACAGAAUUUAACGAACAGCCAGUGUUUGGAAAGUUUUAACCAAAUCCUGUUAUGUCAGAUGGAGGAUGCAGUUCUUUCCAGCCCUUUUGGAAAAAAAUCCAAUGCCGCCAUGUCCGGAAAUAUAACUGAAGAAAUUUUCAAUAUCAGUGAGGAAGAGGCUUUGAAUCAACUGUUGGAAAACGGCAAUUUUGAUGCGUUCUGGGAGUUGUUGGGCGAAAAUCUGACCGAUAUGCCCUCUUUGUAA